AUGUAUCGUACCAAACACAGAAAUGGCUUCAUAUGUGGCUCCUACAACGUCCUCUUCAUCAACCAGAACAUGCUUCCUCUCACACUUUACAAUCUUUCUCUGGAGGAUGUUGAGUCGUUGCUCCUCUCAGCCUGGCUGGCUCUCCAGCACUUUCCCUCCCCCUCCAUCUACACCACCCUUUGUGCUUUACUGGCGUUGACCAAGGGACAGCAGGACCCCAUAACUACAGCGAUGCUGCACGCCCAGUCUUUGGGAAUCACAAGUCGUCAUCACACAAUCAGGCAUUUAGCUAGUUGUCUCAAAAAGCUGAAAAAGGCUUCCAAUGAGCUCACAGACAAGAUGGAUGCUCUGAGUCUAGGUGAGCCCGGCCCGAACGAUUCAAUGAACUCUACCGAACAGAGGCUGGCACAGUUGGAGAACAUCUUCUCCUUCUCAACUGCUGACUCAUCGUCUUUCCCCAAGAGCCACUGCCAAGAGUUUACCCAACAAAUUCAACACCUUCCCACAGGGGUGACAGUGUGUGUGCUGUCUGUGCUUGGAGUAAAACCUGGAGAGGUCGGUGACAGCAUCAUAUUGUCCCGCCUUGAAAAGGGAGCUGCACCGGUCACUGUUCACAUCUCCACCUCGAAACAACGGCACCCCAUCAGUUGGCUGGUGCAGGAGAUCGAUAGCAUUCAGGUGGAGCAGAAGGCUGUGAGCUGCGUGUCUGAGAAAGCCCAGUGGUGGGAGGGCCGCUGGGCGCUUGACUCUCGAGUUGAGCGACUGUUGAAGGAGAUGGAGAGAUUGCUCGGAUGCUGGAGGAGCUUUCUUCUACCUCUUUCAUCGGACCCUGAGCCCUCCAGACAAGCCCGGCACCUUUGCAAGUCCUUAUCUGCAAAGGGAGUGACAGUUAGCGAGGACAUGUUAAAGGUUUUGCUUUCUGCCUCCCCUGAGCUCUCCCAAGCAGACCUAAGGAGAUUUGGUCUCGGAGUUUCUCCACAGUGGGACACAGAGUGUGAGCAGCUGCUUCUUACAGCUGUGACCCGGCUCGCUGACAGAGAAGAGCCCCGCGGCCAUGUGGUUCUCAUCCUGGACAAGUACCUUCAGAAGCUGCCAUGGGAGAGCAUCUCCAUGUUAAGGUCUCGCUCGGUCAGCCGGAUGCCUUCUCUGCACUCACUGAUUGGACUGAGCAUUCAGAAAGAGAAUGACUCUGACUCCAUCCUGAAGCAAGGUGUGGAUACAAAGCAGGUGUUUUAUGUGCUGAACCCUGAUGCCAAUUUAGAAAACUCUCAAGAGCGAUUCAAGGAAUGGUUCAGCAGCAAACCGGAUUGGGACGGUGUGUGUGGAGUUGCUCCUGACACGGGUCAGUUGGAAGAAGUUGUUGCUACCAAGGAUCUAUACAUUUACGUGGGUCACGGUGCAGGUGCACGAUUCCUGGACAGCCAGACGGUCCUGAAGCGUCAGAUGAGAGCGGCGGCUCUGCUCUUCGGCUGCAGCAGUGCUGCUCUGGCAGUGCGCGGGGAUCAGGAAGGACAAGGCAUCAUCCUCAACUAUCUCAUAGCAGGCUGCCCCUUCGUUUUGGGGAACCUGUGGGAUGUUACAGAUCGGGAUAUUGAUCGCUUCACCAAGUACUUGUUGGAGUCUUGGCUCUCUGCUGGGUCUGGAGCCCCCCUCCUGGAUUAUAUGGGCCCGUCACGCCAGGCCACACACCUGAAGUACCUCAUCGGAGCGGCUCCUGUGGUCUAUGGCUUACCACUUCACCUGCAGUAGAUGGACUUCAAACCCUUUUUAAUAUCUGGAUGUUAACAUAUUUUUAAAGUUGCAAUUUUUUGAGAAUAUGACUUGAAGAUCAAAGAACUGCCUUCUCUAUUUAAACCGAUGCUUCCAUUUUUUUAAUGUUUUUACUGCGGUGUGAAUGAUUUUUAUUAUAUUGCUAUUAUUAGCAAUUGGUGUUGAAUGCAUUUUUUAUGUAAUCAAACAAUUUCAAUAAAAUGUGUUCUUGCAU